UUUCGCAGCUGUAGCCGACGCCAGAAGUAAGGCUAGCUAGCUCGUCCGCGUUUCGUCGUCCUAGAUUGGCCUUUGAGACCAAAAUAGCUCUCUCUUUUGUGAUCACCUUGGACUUUGAGACUGCGUGCGUGCCUGCGUGCCUGCCGUUGGCCCGGACCUUGGAUUGGAUUGGUUGACGUGCUUCUUGUGGUUGCCGUGGUGAUUGCCGUGAUUUCUUCGUGAUCAUGCCGGAUUCCUCCUCUUCUCCUUCUUCGACGUGCACUUCGCCUAUGGCCCCCGGGUCGGCCCCCGCGGGCCCCAUUGACCCUCGGUACUCACGCAUCGACUUGGGCGACAUCACACAGCACAACAUCAAGCUACUCAAGAAGGUCAACGCCGUGGUGUUUCCCGUGGUCUAUCACGCCAAGUUCUACACAGACGUGCUCGAGGCCGGCGAGUUGGCCAAGUUGGCCUUCUAUAACGACAUCGUGGUGGGUGCUGUGUGUUGUCGGAUCGAUAUCGAGCCCGCCACCGGAUUACGCAAGCUUUACAUCAUGACCUUGGGGUGCUUGGCCCCUUACCGGCGUUUAGGGAUUGGUACAGCUAUGCUAAAGCAUGUCAUGGACUACGUUGAGCGCGACGGGCAGUUCGAUGGCGUGUUCCUCCAUGUCCAGAUUAAUAACGAAAGCGCCAUUCAGUUCUACCGCAAGUUUGGCUUCGAUAUCGUGGGUACCAAGGAGCAGUAUUACAGCCGGAUUGAACCGGCUGACGCUCAUGUGCUCGAGAAACGCCUCACUUCGCAAGCCACCACCGGCGGGACGCCUCACCCGCCGCCCCUCGUCAACGGCAACAACCCCAAGGACGACCCUGACUCGCAUAAGACCAAUAACGGCCAUGAGAGAGAACAUUGACCGGCUUGGUAUGUCUGGGAGGGGAGGGGGCUUACGAUUAAAUUGAUGGUCCGAGCCCAUGAUGGGCGAUGAGUUGAUUGUAGAGCUCGCGAUACUCCCCCCAGCCGAACCGAAUGGCCGGUGGGGCAGCCACUGCACCGGGACUCAGCCAGGUGCUCGAAAUCGUCAAAAGUGUUGUGCCCAAAUUUGGUGAAAUAAAUUCAUAUUGUUCAUU